GUCAGAGGUUGAACUUUUGGACAUUCACCCAGUGUCAUUUGCAGUAUCAGCCUUUGUGCACGUGAAGGCUAUUCCCCACCGACAAAGGAGUGCACCAUGAGAUAGUGACUCAACAUAAGACUUAGACACAGAAGUAGUUUAGCUUUGAUAGCUCCAGCCUACACUAGAAGAACAAGAUGAAUAAGGGAUCUACAAAGAUCGUGAUUUCAAUCACUGUUUGCUUGUGCUUGACUUUCUUGCUGCUUGGGCUGUAUUCUGGAAGGCUUUCUUCCCUGAAGAGAGAUGAAUGGACUGGACUCCAAGAAGAUGAAACAAUCCAAAGUUGGGGAGGCAAGGGGCAGGUCCACAUCAACAACCAGCAAUAUGACAUAGAGGGUCGUGCCAUUAUGAAGGGAGGAGACAAAGGCUCCAUCAAAGUUGAAGCUGGAUGGCACAAACCAAACAAAAAGGCACCCAUGACCCAUGUGACCGCCGAUCUUAAAGUCAAGGUUAAAGGCGACAAACAAAACUCAUUUCUGCACCAUCUUACUAACCACAGAAUGGGAGAUAACCACAGAAAGGGAGAAAAGGUUUUGGAAGGUUCUGGUUUCCAAAGUUUGCCACAGGGUGAUACCAUUGGCCAGGAUGGUGGGGAGGGGCAGGAACCCACUGAUGAAGAAAUAGCUUGGCUGGAACAAGUAGAGAGAAUUUUAAAUGGGGAGGACAUUGAGAACUACCCUUUCAGAAAUGGAAAAUAUGUUUGGACAGGUUCAGAGAAUGAUUCACAACAGAAGACUGAACAACAAGACACCAACAACAAUGAUGACUCCCCUCCAGGCUGCUAUAAGAAUAACCCAGAUCACUUCUCUUUGUCUCGUCUGGUGGACAGUUUCAAGAACAUCCUGACAAAGGAUGGGGAAAUAGACAUGGCCAGAUACAUAGAUACCAACUUGGAGCUCAUGAAGUUUUUCACCAUGAUGGGAACACUGUUCACCUUCGUCACUUCUGAAGCCCAGAACAAAAUAAACUACCUGACAGGCUACCUGGAAGGACCUGACGGCCAGGAGUACAAGACCUUGUCAUCAAUGGUCAAGUUCGAAACUGACAAUCACAUCAUAAACGAGAAAGUGUACGAAGAGUCGGGCACCAGGAACUUGCUCCGUUUGCAUCGAGGUCUCAACUUCAGCCUGGCCUUCUGCGAGGGCCUCAAGAAGAGUGAACCCGGAGAUAAAAUUGUUACCAUCGCGUACGACAGCUACUCUUCCACCGUUUCUCACUACCACGGCUGGUUUGUACGGAAGGCGAUACAGGCGGCCUUCUAUCUCUUGCCAAGCAGGGAUACGUUCAUGGGUUUGUUGUGUGACACAGAUGAGGACACAACGUUCAAAAUUUUGAAUGAGUUGGCUGAAGCUGCAAAACCUGUAUAUGACAGGACUCAGUAUGUGUAUGAAAAAUACAACUACUUAGAUUUGCCUUGACACAGUCAUGUUGCAGGAAGCUUGUUGCUGAUUUGACAAUCAAUUUAAGACAAAUUCUAAUUUUUUUACACAUUUUUCUACAACUCUUUGUGAAAAACAAUACUGUGGUAUAUUGAGAACUAUAACAAUUACAAAGAUAGAUAUUUUCCAAAGUAAACAUUACUAUGAAUGACCAAGUAAUAAAGUAACUACUUCUCUUACUUAAAGUUACAAAUGAUAUUUCACAUGAUUUUGCAGAUUGAGUAUCUCUCUCUAUAUAUAUAUCAAUGACAUUGAAUUAUAUAGUUUUUUUACACAUGUAUAUUGUACCUUUAAACCUCAUGCAACCUUCAAUGCAACGAAGAAAGACUAUCUGUCUAGAUUAUGCAAUGACGGCCAAAGCAUUCCUUAAAGUGCUUGUUAAUAUGGCACGGUUAAGAAAUAGUUCUUACAAUGCUAUAUACAUGUAUGUGAUUGAAGUUGGUAAAACAGUAUUUUUGAUGACCACUGUAGUUAUUGAGCUCAUCACACAUUAAGGUAAGGGCUUGUACCUUACUGUAAAUAGUUCAAUCAAUGAUUUUUACAUUUACACAACUUUUGUUGCUCAUAAUCAAAUAUUUCUAUAUAAAUUCUUGUGCCUCAUAUAAGCCAUAAGCCUGGAAGUCAGGACGGAUAUUUUACUUACUGUUCAAUAACUUGAAUGCUUUUGUUGUCGUAACUAGUUUGCUAAAUAAACAUGUUACAGCUAGCUGAUCUCUAUAGCUUUAUCAUCCUUGUGUAUGCUGUGCAUUAAAGACUGUAUGCAGCCUAA